AGAGAAACCGCUGCGUCGAGGAGCAGGAGAAACAAGGAAACCUCGGCGCGAUGCUGUGUAGAGAGCGGACGCCUCAGAUUCAUCGAGCUCAAUAUGACGGAUCUGGUCCUCUCUGCUAGGUUGCUGAUGGUCUCUUCUACUGAGCUCCGACAGGACUGAGGAUCUCUCCAAUUUGAGAUCAACUGUCUCCAUUUCAGCACUGUCUGGCUUUUCCCAUCCAAUGGAAUCAGACAUCAUUACUUAAUCAUUAGUGUCCUGGCAGCUGAGUGGCGUUUCAGCACUAAUAAACUGCCUCAAGUCUUACUCUGACUGGGGAUAGAAGACCAGUAAUAGAGUAAAAAAAACUGGUAGCUUACACUCGUUGCACCUGUUGGAGUAAAAGAGAGUCAAGAGAGUCAAAUUAAAAGACUUUUAGUGCCAGCUAUCCCCGUACCAAGAUGGAUGAAGUGCAUAACAACAAGACUUCCUUGGUCAAAGGUGCCAAGGACAUCGCUAAAGAAGCCAAGAGGCAAGCUUCGAAAAGUUUCAGCAAAGCUGUUAAUCGUGCCUCAGAUGAAUACUCAGCUCAACGCAGCUACAACCGUUUCGAGAACGAGGAUGAAGAAGAGAACAAUUACAAUACUUACACUCAGCAAUACAGUCACUAUGCCGACGAUGCAGCAAACGAUGAGGACGGGGCCUCUAGUGACGCCACGGAGGGCCACGACGAUGAAGAUGAGAUCUACGAGGGGGAGUACCAAGGCGUGCCUGCCCACAAUGAUGGGAAGCCGCGGGACGGUCAGGUGGCUCUGGGCCAGCCGGUUUCCGACAGCCUAAAGAGCCGUAAGGAGCUGGAAAAUGAGAGACGGGCAGAUGAGGAGGAGCUGGCCCAGCAGUACGAGCUGAUCAUGCAGGAGUGUGGCCACGGGAGAUUCCAGUGGCAGCUGUUCUUUGUACUCGGGCUGGCGCUCAUGUCAGAUGGCGUGGAGGUGUUCGUAGUGGGCUUCGUCCUGCCCAGUGCUGAGACAGACAUGUGUGUCCCCAACUCUGGUGCUGGAUGGCUUGGUAGCAUUGUGUAUCUGGGGAUGAUGUUCGGAGCCUUUUUCUGGGGCGGCCUGUCAGACAAGCUGGGCCGUAAACAGUGCCUGCUGAUAUCCAUGUCUAUCAACGGCUUCUUCGCCUUCCUCUCCUCCUUUGUUCAAGGCUACAGCAUGUUCCUCUGCUGCCGCAUGGUGUCUGGUUUUGGGAUUGGUGGAGCAGUACCGAUAGUUUUCUCGUACUUUGCGGAGGUGUUGGCUCGGGAGAAGAGAGGAGAGCAUUUGAGCUGGCUCUGCAUGUUCUGGAUGAUCGGAGGAAUUUAUGCCUCAGCCAUGGCCUGGGCCAUCAUCCCACACUACGGCUGGAGCUUCAGCAUGGGUUCAGCCUACCAGUUCCACAGCUGGAGAGUGUUUGUGGUGGUGUGCGCGCUGCCGUGCGUCUCUGCAGUGGUCGCUCUCACUUUUAUGCCCGAGAGCCCCCGCUUCUACCUGGAGAUGGGUAAACACGACGAGGCCUGGAUGGUGCUCAAACACAUCCAUGACACUAACAUGCGUGCCCGCGGCAAGCCGGAGAGAGUCUUCACCGUGAACAGGAUAAAGAUCCCCAAGCAGCUGGACGAGCUGGUGGAGAUGCAGAGUGAGUCAGCCCACCUGGUGCUCAAGGUCCUCUCCAAGAUCAAGGCUGAGCUCAGAGGAAUCUGGUUGACCUUUAUGAAAUGCUUCCACUACCCAGUGAAAGACAACACUAUGAAACUGGCUGCAGUCUGGUUUACUCUGUCGUUUGGGUACUACGGGCUGUCCGUGUGGUUCCCGGACGUCAUCAAGCACCUUCAGGCCGAUGAGUACGCCUCCAGGGUGAAGACUCAAAGCAACGAACGCACCGAAGACUUCACCUUCAACUUCACCCUGGAAAACCAGAUCCACAGAAACUCUGUGUUUCUAAACGACAGGUUUAUCAGUAUGAAGUUCAAGGCGGUCACGUUCAUUGACUCGUCUUUCCUCAACUGCUAUUUUGAAGACGUCUCCUCGGUGGGGUCCUUCUUCAAAAACUGCACCUUCGCAGACUCUUUCUUUUACAACACGGAUAUCGAUGACACCAAACUAACAAACUCAAGGGUGAUCAACUGCACCUUCCUCCACAACAAGACAGGUUGUCAGAUGACAUUUGAAGAUGAUUACAGUGCCUACUGGGUCUACUUCGUCAACUUCCUGGGAACGCUGGCUGUGCUGCCUGGAAACAUCGUCUCUGCUCUCCUCAUGGACAAAAUAGGUCGACUUAGCAUGCUAGGAGGCUCCAUGGUGCUGUCAGGCAUCAGCUGCUUCUUCCUCUGGUUUGGCACCAGUGAGUCGAUGAUGAUCUUCAUGCUCUGUCUCUACAACGGCCUCAGUAUCUCCGCCUGGAACUCCCUGGAUGUGGUCACAGCUGAGCUGUACCCAACAGACAGGAGGGGCACGGGAUUUGGCUUCUGUAAUGCCAUGUGUAAGCUGGCAGCGGUGCUGGGCAACCUGAUUUUUGGCUCCCUGGUUGGCAUCACCAAGGCUAUCCCCAUCCUGCUGGCAUCGUCCGUGUUGGUUGGCGGCGGCCUGGUGGGGCUCCGACUGCCAGACACACGUGCCAACGUCCUCAUGUAAACCUCAACGCGGAACAGUAUGUUGUACACCAGAUAUUUGCUCAGUUUACCGAAUAACUCAUUUAUGGACUGCAGUAUGAUUUAGUUAAAUAUCACUAAAAACAAGCAUUGCUGUCAUAAUUCUUGCGUUUAUCGUUUGACAAAUAAUGUCACUAUGUCCACAAACGUAUUAAACACAAACUUAAACUUAAACUUGUUAUUUCCGAAUAAACUACCUGGUAAAUCAGGAUAAUGAGAUGCAGUUCAACUUAACGGAGGGCUGUAGAUAUAAAGAGUUGGAAGAAAACAGUGAAAAGGUUAGAAAUCUGUGUGGUGUCAGUGGCUGGUUACCAAAGCCCUGAGCAUUCUUGCAGGGAUGCAAAACGAAAAGGUUCCUCUUAGGAAACCGGCUAGAAUUGUUUGUGGUUAGAAAACUCUGUGUAUCAGCAGCUCAUUAUCUUCCGUGGGGCUGUUUCACACAUGCAGCCCCCAAGUGAAUGCGUCAAAGCUGCAGAAGACUUGGACUUCCAACAACAGUCCCCCUCCCAAAUCCCGCUCAAGUUAUGCUCAGAUUAAAGGAGCAGUUUGACAUUUUGGGAACCAUGCUUACUGGAAGCUACCGCCAGCGGGUCGGUUGGCUUAGCAGAAGGACCGGAAGAUGACAGCUGGCCCGGCUCUGUCCGAAGGUACGGUAACAGAGUCUUCUCACCAGAACCUCUGAAGCUCACUAAUGAACACAUAGUAUCCUGUUUGUUUAAUCCUUAAGAGAAUAGAAGUGUCAAAAAGACAAGUUGUGGGAUUACGUGGCAGAUUAAAAUCACGACGUGCUGUUUUUACACGUGGGUUUUUCGUGCGAAUUAAACAAACACGCUGUAACGUGUUACUCAGUGAGCUUCAGAGGUUCUGGUAGGUGGAUUUUGUUUUCCUUUGGACAGAGCCAGGCUGCCUGUUUCCCUCUGCUCCCCAGUCUUUACGCUAUGCUCCGCUGACGAGCUGCUGGCUCUAGCUUCAUAUUUGUGAAUAACUGUGUAAGGCUGAAAACAAAACGUUGAACUGUACCUUAAAGUACAAACAGUUUUGGAGCAGCUGAGCAUUUGUGUGUUCAUUUCUU